AUGUUCCUUCUCAUUGUUGCCAUCGCGGUUUGCAUAGCGCUGUACGUGUACUUGCAGCAAGAGGCAAAGAAAGGAGCACAAGGUGCUGAAGGAAAGAAAAAUUCGCUACGAUCUUCCGUUUCGAAUCAAGCUUCUGAAGGAGGAGAUGUCACUGCUACAGCGAAUCAGCCUGGCCCAUCUACAGCAGGGGGAAACCCUGCAGAACCCUCUGCUCCAACUGAGAAACCUCCAGAAACAGCUGCUCCACCUGAGCCAGCUCCUGCAGACAAGCCUGCUGAACCCGCUCCUCCUGCGGACAAGCCUGCUGAACCCGCUCCUCCUGCGGACAAGCCUGCUGAACCCGCUCCUCCUGCGGACAAGCCUGCUGAACCAGCUCCUCCUGCGGACAAGCCUGCUGAACCCGCUCCUCCUGCGGACAAGCCUGCUGAACCCGCUCCUCCUGCGGACAAGCCUGCUGAACCAGCUCCUGGGGAUAAGCCUGCUGAACCAGCUCCUCCUGCAGACAAACCUGCCGAACCAACUCCUGCAGACAAGCCUGCUGAGCCAGCUCCUGCGGACAAGCCUGCUGAGCCAGCCCCUCCCGCGGACAAGCCUGCUGAGCCAGCUCCUCCCGCGGACAAGCCUGCUGAACCAGCGCCUCCUGCAGACAAGCCUGCUGAACCAGCUCCUCCUGCGGACAAGCCUGCUGAAGCAGCUCCACCCCCACCUGCACCGGGAGAAAGUUCUGGGGGAGCGCCGCAACAACCAGGAGGGCCACCUGCCCAAGACGAGUCCAAGCCUUCCGAUGAUGUAACGACAGCACGUGAGAUAGAAGAUGACAAGCCAGCCCAAGGUGCUAAUGCUGCUCAGCAGACCCCAGAGGCCCAACAAGCAGCUCCACCAGUGAAUGUGAUCGAUAAGGAGGCGAUAACGACGUAG